CAGAAGCUGAGGAGCGAGCUGUUCCCCCUGCACAUAGCGGACCUGCAGGCGUAUCGUCUGCUGGAGGACCGUCAGCCCCCCGUCCCACUCAGCGUCAGCCAGCUCAAAAAACAGCACAGACUACUGGAGACUGAGAUCUGCAGGAAAAGAAAGGAGUGUGAAGUUCUCGAAGAGGAGGUGAAGAGAAAGAGCCAGUCAUGUCAAACCCUGGAGAGUGAGCUCCAGAAUGUUCUGCAGGGGAAAGCACGUUUAAAUGUCCAGUUGUUCACUGACACCCAGAAGAGUGCAGAGUAUGAGCAGGUGCAGAGUGAGUAUGAGCGAUUGCGGGCCGCUCUGUGUGCAGUGACUGUGGAGAGAGAUUGUGCUCUGUGGGAGAGGACUCAGCUCCAAGGCAAACUGGAGAACCUAGAGCAGGUGCUGAAGCAUAUGCGAGAGGCUGCGGAGAGGAGGCAGCAGUUAGAGUUGGAGCAUGAGCAGGCCCUGGCCGUCCUCAGUGCCAAGCAGCAGGAGAUCGACCUUCUGCAGAAGGCUCAGGUUGAGGCUAAGAAGGAACAUGAAGGUGCCGUGCAUUUGUUAGAGAAUCACUUGGACAGCAUGCAGGCUAAAGUGAGGGAGCUGGAGGAGAGAUGCCGGUCGCAGAGUGAGCAGUUUAAUCUUCUCUCCAAGGAACUGGAGAAAUUCAGGCUUCAGGCCGGAAAGUUUGACAUCCUGGGCUCCAGCCAGCUGUCGGGGGGCGACUCGCCUGGCUCUCCCACCAAAACUCCCUCGCUCUCCCAGCUCCUCAAUGGCCUGGCUGCACCUACAAGCAAGAGUAAUGAAAGUUCCCUGAGCAAAAUUUCGGAGUUCAUCCGACCUCUGCAGAUGAGUGGUGGGGAGAAGACAGAGCUUCUGUCUGUUAAACCCAGCUUCCUCUCCCGGAGCACGCCCUCCAGCCCUCGCCGGACCUACCUCUCCGAGGUCCGGCCAGUCAUUGCUGCUGCUAUGGACAAAGAGCUCAAUCUGUCUCCCCGUGCCAAACCAAGGUAUACAGGCAAAGUCCGGCUCUGUGUCGCCCGCUAUAAUUACAACCCAUACGAUGGCCCCAAUGAACAUCCUGAGGCCGAGCUCCCCCUGGUGGCCGGGAAGUAUCUCUAUGUUUACGGGACCAUGGAUGAGGACGGCUUCUAUGAAGGGGAGCUGUUGGACGGCCAGCAGGGCCUCGUCCCCUCCAACUUUGUGGACUUCCUCCAGGACGAGGACCCUCUCUCAGCUACUCUGUCGGAGCGCCUGAAAGAUUCGUCCUACCUCAACCACAGCCCGGCCUCUCUGGGCAGCAGCAGCGCCGUCAGCACACUCAGCACGCUGCUGUCCGAGAAGCUGGAGGCUUUGGGCUCCUGCACGGGCACCGGAACCAGCAGCAGCAGUGGAGUCAGCAGCCUGGGGCCUAGCUUGAGCCUAAGCAUGGGCUUGGGCUUGGGUCACCACACUCUAGGAUCUGGGGAAACCCUGGGGUCCUGUAGUAACGGCUCCGGUACAGCCACGCUUGACCUUAGCAUCGACGAAAUCGGAGAAGACGUAGUGCCUUACCCCCGCCGCAUCACUCUCAUCAAGCAACUAGCCAAGAGCGUGAUCAUAAGCUGGGAUUCUCCGGUGGUGCCGCCUGGUUGGGGGUCCAUAAGUGGCUACAACGUCCUUGUGGACCAGGAGGUGCGCAUGAGCGUUCCGUUCGGCACCCGCACCAAGUCACUUAUCGAGAAGCUAAACCUAGCAACAUGUGCUCACCGCAUUUCAGUACAGAGCAUGACGGAGCGCGGCCCCUCGGACCCGCUGCGCUGCACCCUGCUGGUAGGGAAGGACGUUGUGGUGGCACCACAAUGCCUACGCGUGGACAACGUGACCCAGACGUCUGCUGAGCUGUCCUGGAUGCCCAGCAACAGCAACUACAGCCACUCCAUCUUCCUAAACGACGCGGAGUACGAUGUGGUCAAGCCAGGCAGCUACAGGUACCGCUUCUACAACCUGAAGUCCGCGACUGUGUACAAGGUGCGCGCAGUGGCCAAACCCCACCAGAUGCCCUGGCAGCUGCCCCUGGAGCAGAGAGAAAAGAAGGAGAUCUCAAUAGAGUUCUGCACACAGUCUACCGGUCCCCCCUGUCCGCCACAGGACGUCCAGGUGCACUGUGGACAGUCUCCAGGUGUCCUUCAGGUGCGAUGGAAGCCCCCCACUCUCAGUCCCUGCGGUACUUCCAACGGAGCCAGUGUCAUCGGCUAUGUUGUUUGCACCAAAGGUCAAAAGAUAGCAGAAGUGAUGUUCCCCACGGCGGACUACGUAACGGUGGAGGUGAACCGUAUCCAGUGCCUGGAGGCACGGGAAGUGGUGGUCCGAACCAUCUCAGCACAAGGCGAGUCUCAGGACUCUAACGCUGCCGCCAUUCCACACAACCUGCUGGCUGGUCCACCUCACUCUCACCCCCCUCCGCACCCGCAGCCCCCGCCUUACCCACAGAACUACCCUCCCAGCCACCCCCAGCCACACCACCAGCAGCCUGUACCCCACCCUGUCCCACACCCACCUCCUCUUCACCCCCAACACCCUCACCCUCCUCCACCCCCUCCGCAACACCCGCACAUCCACCCCCCACCCUCGCCCCACCCCAUAUCAAAACACAAACUCCUACCAAGUGCCAGAGACCCCCACGCCAAAGAGCCUGAGCCGGCCCGGAGGCCCUGGGACCCUCACCCACGGGCCCCCUCGCCCCUGCCUCCCCCUACUCCUGGGGGCCACAGCCUGGAGCCCCCACCGCACCCGGAGGGCCGCCGCUCACCCUCGCCCCAGAGGAUCCUGCCCCAGCCUCAGGGAGCCCCCAUCCCCAACACAGUUGCUCGUGCCAUGGCCCGGCAGGCUGCUCAGAGGAGCAGUCCCAACAGCAGGAUGGAGAGGAGGAACAUCUUUAGUGAAAGGAGUAAUGCUCUUCACUCCCUAAACUCCGAUGAGGAAGAGGAUGGUUAUGACUCGCCCCACGCCAGACGAAGAGGAGCCUCAGUGGACGAGUUUCUCAGGGGUUCAGAACUGGGCAGACAUCACCACCACUACAGUCACAGUGAGGAUUAUUACACCGAGAGCAGCCGUGGCUCCGACCUGUCUGAUAUCAUGGAGGAGGAUGAGGAGGAGCUGUAUUCGGAAAUGCAGCUGGAGGAAGGCCGCCGCCGCAGUAUCAACUCGCACAACACACUCAAGGCGUACUACAGGCGGCAGGACCUAGCCGGGGUGGAUGAGCAGGACAGUUGGGACUUGCAGCGGGAGGUGGUCCGCCAGCGCUCGCUUCGCUCCCACAAGCGCCUCCACAGCAUCCCGGAGGUAGCCGAGGAGGAGCCUCCAGACGGUGGGCCGGAGGUCAUCGGCCAGAGGCUUCGCUUCGAGGAUGCCAGGCCUGGGACAUCCCGGGCCUACUCGCAGGACCAGCAGCAGCAGCAACAGCUUGACCACCUUUCUCCAGGAAAAGGUCUCCGAAAGCUGCAGCGACAGCGUUCCUCCCCCCGCUACACAUCCAUGGAAGGUACUGGAGGUCCUGGAAGUCCCAGGGGUCCCGGCUGGAGCUGCAGCAGGCAAACCACCAAAAGCCCAGACAGUGGCCUGGACUGUGGAAGUGAAGAAGAAGGCUCGCUGGGAUACCGUGGAAGCUACCACUACCAUUAUCAUAGCAGCCCUCUGAGGAUCGGCCACGGGCCCAACAUGCGCAUCAUCCACAGCGAGGGUCCCGUGGAGAGACGGGCACUGGCCGCCGGCAGGAAAAGGACGCUGACCCGUCAGUCCAGCGUGGAGGAGGACUUCCUGGACGCAGCGGACCUGAGGAGCCACUACUACCGCCCCCACCAUCACCUUCAUCAUCAGCAUCAUCUUCUGCGUCACCCUCAACGAAGGUUCCGGAGCGAGGGCAGGCUGACAGAGAUUUUAGGGAACUCCCCAUCGGCAGGACGCUCGGAUCGACUGGACCAUUCAGGACGGAGGACAAGUCAUGGCUGUCCGCCCCCUCAGAGAAGGCCCAUGAUGGUUCCUUCCAUUGAGAUCACCAUGGAGAAUAACAGUGAGGGGAGUGAGGGGAACCUCUCACCCAAGGACGAUGUUUACUAUGGCAGUGUAGCUCACCACAGGAAAUGCCCGGCACAGCGCUCAGAGCACCGAUAUGAUGGCUAUGGUGGACGGGACCGGCGCUCUCCAGACUAUUUUGAGGAAUCGGAGCUGGAUGACCUGCCGCGGAUAUUUGUGGCGCUGUUUGACUAUGAUCCGUUAUCCAUGUCCCCUAACCCUGACGCUGCAGUGGAGGAGCUUCCUUUCAAAGAGGGCCAGAUCAUAAAGGUGUUUGGGGAGAAGGACACAGACGGUUUCUACAGGGCAGAAGUCUGCGGCCGGCGGGGGCUUAUCCCCUGUAACAUGGUCUCAGAGAUCCAGACUGAAGAUGACGAGAUGAUGGAUCAGCUCCUCCAACAGGGCUUCCUUCCACUGAACACACCUGUCGAAAAAAUAGUGAAUUGUGAUAGGUUGAAAGAUGGGCGCUUACUAAACCGCAGGUCACGGAAAUCCAAGAGAGAGCGGAACAGGCGUAGUGGGAGAAACCCGGUGUCCACGCGACGGAUGGUUGCCCUGUAUGACUACGAUCCCAGGGAAAGCUCCCCUAACGUAGAUGUGGAGGCCCACUUUGAGGGCAUCAGACUGAGUGAUGAGGCUGAGCUGACCUUCUGUGCUGGGGAUGUAAUAACGGUGUUUGCGGAGAUUGAUGAAGAUGGAUUUUAUUAUGGAGAGCUGAAUGGACACAAAGGCCUGGUGCCCUCCAACUUUCUGGAAGAAGUGCCUGAUGAUGUGGAGGUUUACCUCACAGAGCCCUCCAGCCGCCAUCCCCAGGACCACCCAAGCCGGACAAAGACCAAAAGGAAGAAGAGCGUUCAUUUCACGCCGUAACGGCUCAGUACACCUCACGUAAGUGAGUGACUGAGGAUACCAAACGUAACGCUGUCCUCGUCUAAUGCAGAUGACAUGGGCCCCCCUUUACUGUUGCCCUCCCUGGUACGCAAUGCAACAUGCAUACAAACACGCAUACACACUUAAAAACAUUCAAAACACAUUCAAAACACAUUGCAGAAAAGACAGACAUGCACACAGACCAUGACAUAAUGCAGCCAACUGUGGUAGAGAUUCAGGGACAUGCACACACUUCUAUUCUCUUAUUGAAAAUAAAUGAUUUAUUUAUACAUUCAGGCAUAAAUAAAAAUGUUGGAACUGUAUCAACAUAGAUAAAUAGAGCCCAGAAUAGGUAGAACAAAAAUAUCAUUAAGUAUUCAGGAGUUCCCAUGAGCAUUACUGGUCUUGCUCUGUCUGGGUGGGAGAGAUUUAGAACAAUCCCAACAAGUGUGGGCGUCUAUAAGCUAAAGGAACAGAACUGGCAAUAAGUGUUCUCCUUCAAUCGUGUUGCAUCAGAUGUUUUUAAAACAAUGCAAUAACUGCACAAGAUAUAGCAGGGGGCAACUGGAUAGGACUAAAAUUGGACUCAGAAAUUGACAUAAAUAAAAAAAAAAAGGUAAUUGUUGGAAUGUGAUGUGAUAUAAUUAGUAAUCAGUGUUACUUGUUCUAUAAUACUGUUUUUUUUUUUUUUUCGCACUAUAAGAUGCACCAGAUAAUGUGGUGCACUAUCAAUAAUCGUCAAUUUUCUGGUCUAUUUUCACAAGGUGCACUGGAUUUUAAGAAGCAUUAUGCAACACCAGUAAGGAACAGACAAACGAGCGCUGGAUGUAAAUCUAUACAGAUUUCUCUACUGAAAACUGUUUAUUUGGGUGAGUAAAGCGCUUCUGUUUGUCUAGCUUAGAUAUCCAGUUUUCUGCUAAGGCUGGGUGCAUUAGCAGCUAACCGCUAGCACUAGCCGCUAGACAGCGUUAAACUGAGGAACCCUGUGUUGAGUAUUCCGAUAAGCCAGGGCAAUAUAAGGUAGCGGUUCACCCCACAUAGCUUGUAAAUGUGCUAGAGCUUAGCACAGUUACCAACUAAUGCUAAUACUGCUCCAGGCUCAAUGCUGGAGAACUAAACUGAAACUCCUGUAUAAUGCUGUACUACAGCAGACUGGCUUUACUGCUCCUUAUAACCUUACUGGUAGAAUUCAUACAUAAGGCGCACUGCUGAUUUUUGGGAAAAUUAAAUUUAAAAAUAAAAAUACAUUUUAGGUGCGCCUUAUAGUGCAAAAAAUAUGAUACUGUAAAAUAGCAAGCAUAAUGCAGGUUAUUAUACCCUAACACGAUUUUUUAUUCAAGAAUUAAAUAAAAAAAACAUAUUUAGAGAUAUAUUAUAAUAACCUAUUUUCUUGAACAUAUCUGCCUGUAGAAUCAGUCACCAAUUUUGAAAUAUGAAAAAUUGUGGAUGUGAUUGUUCUACAGAUUUCACAUGACCAUCAUGAUCUGCAGUUACACACAAUAAACACUCAGGUUCUUAUAGAUUUUAAACAGCAGGUUCUUAUAGCUAGUCCUACUAAAGAUACUUCACAUUUUCUGAUCCCCCCACCCCCUUCCUCCCACCCCUCCCUGCCUGCCUCUAUGGAGCAGUUCAGAAAACUGUGAUUGGUCGACUGCAGUAACAGAAAGCUGCAAUUGGUCGGCUCCAAGCAACAGGCGCCCAGUGGCAGUGCAUUAGACGGGCCGAGCUGGUAUCUUCAGUUGGUUCUCUGGGUGUUGUACAUGACAGUGUCCGUCUCAUUGACUCCUACUGUAACUCAUGGCUCAAGCUACACGGCCAUUGUUGCACGACAAAGGUCCAAGUUUGACCCCUGAUUCCUUACUCCCCCGCCCUCCAAAACCCCACCCGCUUCUCUUUAUUCUCUUCGGUGUGCAGUAAUGUUGGCACCCCGACAGGGAACGAAUCCUCCCCUCCCCUCGAGAAUCUGCGUGCCCUGACCACGGUGCUCUGGGACAGACAUGAAGCAGACCUUGUGCUCCGCCCACAAACAGCUACAAAAGUAUAAAUUAAGUUUAUGAUGAAGAUGAAGUUUGACAAAUUAGAUUAUUGUAUAGUAUAUAAUGAGAAUUAGCCAUAACAUUUAAUAGCAUUAUUUUGGCAUAUUAAUAGCAUAUUGUGUAGCAUCACUACUAUGCUGCUACGUUGCCUUGAACCCUAAAUCAGCAAAUCCUUUUUUACAUCAUGUAAGUUGUAAGGUGGGGCUGCAUUAUCAUCAGUGAGUCUUUAAGGCCAUUAUCCUAUCGCCAAUACAUUAUGUGCCCCCAAUAUCAGCUUAAUAAGGGCAAAAACAACAUAAACAGUCCAUCCCUGGGUGAUCAACAGCCAAAAAUCAUUUAAAAACUAUUAGCUGACACAAAUUGCACAAAUUUUAGUCUAAAUUUUAUCUGGCUUACAGUUUGUGUUUUUUUAUUUAAUAUUGAUCCAAUGUAAAGCCAGUUUAACCUAAGGAAAGUCACUUAUUUGAGGGCGGAGCAUAGAGGUCCACAGAUCAGACUGUGGUCAGUUUACUAUUUAACGAAGCAUAUGUGGGGGCACGUUUUCUCAAAGGAAUGGCAGGCAGCAUUAUUAGACACUACAGCAUUAUUUUCAUCCCCAAGAGAAUAGAUUUUUCAUUAUCAGAACGUUAUUUUUUAAGUGUCUGUAGUAGCUUCAGUAGAUUUAAUGUUACAAGAAUUGUAAAAAAAAAAAAAAAAAAGUGAAUUGUUGAAAAGUGUUUUCAAGCAGGUUUGAUUUGGCUUCAGGUCCCUCGGUGACGUAGCCAUGGUGAAUGGUGAUAGAUUACGCCAGAGACCGGUAAAUUAAAAGCUCAUUUCUUUUCUUUAUCACCACUAAAGAUAAAUUGACUAUGUACAUUAUGUAGUUAAUUCUUUUAUAGACACUACCUCCCUCAAGUGUUAAAGGUCAGGUCAUUACAGCAGUAGAGUACCUUUAGCUGUCAUUUUUGUGUCCCUCUAUGUAAUGCAGUGAUAUGUAUGUAAAUGUUUAAGUUUCAGGGUCUGUCUGAUCAGAACGUAAAAAAGACGAGAAAACUGUGUACCUAUUUAGCAAGAACAUUUCUAGUAGCACCUUUUGAUGUGUUUUAUCGGUCUUUUAGUCUUUCUCGAUAGUAUUGUAGCAUCAACAUGCCUUGUUAUGAAGGGCAGGGGGAGGUACCUGACCCAAAUUGGAUGGAGUUCUGAUUGAAAAACUACUGUAGCCAGAGCUGUUAUGUGGAGUAAAUUUCCCCUGAGUGUGUAUACCGUGUGGUGUGUAUCUCUCCAUUACCCCCCAUCCCACACGUACUGUAUGAUGGCCCUGCUGGGACAGAAUGGACUUUGAGGAUGUUGGGAUGCUGUGAGAAAGAGAGGAAAAAAAAAGAAACCUGUGUUGCCGCCCAGCCCUGAACUGUCCCUUACGGGUCUCCCAUUAGGUUCCCAUGGAAAAAGCGGGGGGCUCUCCGAGAAGAAGCGCCACACACACGGUGCGGCCCCAGGGGCCCGGAAGCCCCGCCCCGCGACGGCCCCAAUCCAUCCCUAAGAAACAAGGAUUUUUCUCCAGAGGAAAGACACUGUUGAAAAGGCUUGGUGCUGUGAAAUAGGGGUCAAUGCUGGCCCUUCUUCCAUUCUGCUUAAUGGUGUGUGCCGUAGACUGUAGAGAAAAGUCUGACGAAGUGGGUGAGAAAAAAGAGGAAAACAAAUCUGCCAUUCCUUUUAAAACCCCUUGAACCCUAAGCUUAUUCAGAAUAUAAGUCAAUUACACUCUAUAGUCUAUUCAUUCUUUAUCUAGUAACUAUGCUGUAAAGCAGUUAACGUGUGGAAAUAUUAGGGUUUAAGGGGUUAAGUUUUAGUUAGUAUGGAAAUGUAUAAAGGGAACUGGGCUUUUCAUGACCAUGGGCCAAACUAGUUGAGUUUUAUACCUCGUCAUCUGUUUGCGUGUCGUUUACCGCAAGCACAGAAACGCUGCCCCAGAACCGACGAGAAGACACUUCUCAUUCUUGAAUGUACGAAUGAUAGUCAGGGAGAUAGUAUGCAGUUGUGAGGAUGUGGGAUUAACACUGGCUUUGAUCACUUGAAAUAGUCUUUAUUAUGCAGUAGAACUAACUAGCAGUGAUGAUGAAUCCUCAAGGAGCUUCACUUUACA